CCUUUCCUUCCCUUCCCUGUUUUCAUCAUUUCAUUUCUCUGUUGUGUCCUCUCUUCUCUUACAUUUUCAACACAGCUUUUCUGAUCAUCAGAUUCCAAGGAAACUAAUUCCUCGGAAUCUGAUUCCUUACUGUUUUUCUUUUAUUUUCUUGUUUGCUGUUACUAGCCUAGACAGAACAGAACAGAACAGAACAGAACAGAACUGAACUGAACUGAACUGAAAGUGUUCAGUUUCAGUUGCCGGGGGAUUGGAAUCGGAUUAUUUUUUUAUUUUCUUGUUCUGUGUUUUUUUAUUUAGUUGAUGAUGGUGAUGAUGUUGAUCAAUGACAUUAAUGUUCAGGGGAUUUUUAUUUUUUACCGAUCCAAGAAAGAAAACCCAUUUCAAUGGCUGCUGCUGCUAAGGAGCGAAUUGAAGGCACAAAGCGAAACUCCUUUGGUGAAGCAAGUGAUUGCUGUUCCAAUGGCAAUGAACAAUCUGAAAUUGUUCUCCAGCUGAAUGAGCUGAACUCAUUUGGGAGUGACAAUAUUCCCAAGGUGAGGAAGCCUUACACUAUUACGAAACAAAGGGAAAAAUGGACAGAAGAAGAGCACCAGAGAUUCCUGGAAGCUUUAAAGCUGUAUGGUCGUGGCUGGCGUAAAAUACAAGAGCAUGUGGGCACCAAAACUGCUGUUCAAAUUCGAAGCCAUGCUCAAAAAAUUUUCUCCAAGGUGGUUUGGGAGUCAAGUGGCGGUAAUGAGAGCUCACUCAAACCAAUUGAGAUACCCCCUCCUCGACCAAAGAGGAAACCUGCACAUCCUUAUCCUCGUAAAUCAGUUGACAUCCGCAAAGGAACACCAGCAUCUAGUCAAUUGGAUGGAUCUCCAUCCCCUAAUUCAUCAGCAUCAGAAAAAGAUAACCUAUCUCCCACCUCUGUUUUAUCUGCAUUGGCUUCAGAUACUUUGGGAACUGCGCUUUCAGAGCAGCAUAACGCAUGCUCUUCUCCUACCUCAUGUACCACUGACAUGCAUUCUAUUAGUUUACCACCUAGUGUAAAAGAAGCUGAGCAUUUAACAUCAAAUUCAUCCAGAGAAGAGGAUAAAGAAACUUUCUCAUUGAUCGAAAUGUCUUGUUCACCCCUGGAGAAAUUUCUGUCCAAGAAAUUUGAGUUGGGUUCAGAUGACACUGUAUGUGCUGAAGGUGAUGCCACCAAAGAAGCGUCUUCCACCAGUAUAAAGCUUUUUGGAAUGACGGUCAUGGUAGCAGCUUCACAUAAAAAAUCUCCUCCAGGUGCAGAAUUUGUUUUGUCCAUGACAUCCAAUGAGAAUCAAGACAAUGCUGAUACUGACAAAGAGAAGCCUGCUCAGACACUGCUGCUGAAACAAUCAGACACAGAGUUAUCACUUGGAAUGGAAAAUAGUGAUCAGAAUCAGUUGCCAUCUCCAGCGUCAGUUUUUGAAUGCACAGAACUACAGAGAGGAACUGCCAACUAUUUUGCAACUAACCCUUCCAUACCAUGGUGGUUUUUAGGCAGUGGUGUGUCAUUCUUACCCCCCACAUCAUAUGACCAUACCUCCACACCCACACCCACACCCUCUUAUAUGGCAGAAAGGUCAGAAGAAAAGGAAAUUCUUAAUGAAAGAUCUUGUACUGGUUCGAAUGCUGGACCAGUUGGUGAAUUGGAGAAUGUAGAGAAGAGUUUGGAUGUUGUUGAUUCUCAAUGUCGACAACUGCCAUACAAAAGAUGUUUAGGAGAGAGAGAUGUUAAGUCAACGGUGAUUGUAUAUGAAGAGCGAGAGCGACAAAGAGCUCGAGUAUGCUCAUAGUAUCCCCCUUCCUUAACUCUAUUAACCUACUCAUAGUCGGGUUAAAGAGCUGGCUUAGAUUGGAUGAGGAUGCUGUAGAGUAUUUAAGAUGAUCACUGACGAAUAUUUUAGUAAAUACACUUAGAAUAUCAUUUUUUUCUUUCAGUUUCUCUACCAAGAUCCCUUCAAGUCGCCAUAUGUUCUAGCACAUUUGAGAUGCUGAGGGUCCUCAUUGAUUGCAGCAUACUUGCGUAGUUUCAUGUCUGUUGUUUCAGAAGUUGAACAAUAGGGUGCUUCUGGAUGCUCUUCGAGGAGAAAAAUAGAACACUUAGGUUUAAUCAUUCUUGUUCAUUUUCCAGAAUUGAAAAGUCUCUCCAGAUGAUAAAGAUGUUCAUUUUCGUCCAUUGCUAUUGAAAGUGCUAGUGGCUCAUUUCUCGCUAUUGCAAUUGUUUCGUAUUGUUUUUGUACUUAAUUGUACUCUUGUAUGUACCGGUAGAAAUACCCCUUUUUAGCAGCAGCCUAUGUAAUCCAAACUCGAUUCUCCAAUCCAUUCUAUUUGAAACACUGUUUUUAAGAUUUCAUGA